AUCCCCAGCAGUGAUGCAAACUGCCUUUCCCAGGAAGUUAGACUGGAAGCUCCAGGCUGUGAAGUGGGGGAAGAAUCAGACUCCUCCUCCUCCUCUUCCUCCUGUUGUUGCUCCUGGUCCUCCUCCUCCAGCUUCUCCUUUUCUUGGAGCCCACGUGGCCACAUGGCUCUGCCUGAUCCCAUCUGGCAGCCUUCCUUGGCAGGGAUGGAAGGGGUGAUCUAGAAGGGGUGAUCCCUCCAUGAAGCAUGGAAGGGAACAGGGCCAGGUCCCUCCCUGUCUGCCGCUCACCCCAUCCCUCUACUCCCUGGCUUCCUCUGACCUGGGGAGUUUUGUUUUUCACUCUCCAGAUGGGGAGGAUAUGAGGCCACACCCUGGCCUGUCUCUCAGGCUUGUGUGGGUGGAGGCUAGGAAGGGAGUUGGGCUAAACUUCGCUGUUGCCCGAGGCCAUGGCCACUUCCCGGCAGGUUGCCAGGGUCGCUGCAGCCCAGACCAAGGCAGAAUAAUCUCCGGAUGAGCUGGUGGCACCGCUGAGCCUUUGCUCUUACCAGGGCUUCCUGUUGCUGGCAGGCGGGGUGGAGCGGGGCUGCUGGGAGGCUGCUGGAUAGGAGAGGGGGUCACGGCUGCAGAAGAGGAGGUUCUUCGGGGCACUCGCGGAUGGACACAGCAAGGAAAGAGCAAGGGUCAGGAUGAUUUAUUCUCUUUUCACUGAUGAGGAAACUGAGGCCCAGAGAAAAGUCAUGAAGCGUGAUCAGACCCUGAGGUCUCCAAAAAGAUAAAGUCCUUGCGAACUCCAGGAAUUCUGGCAUCUUGCCACGCCCACCCCAGCCCACACGGCAGGAUCCUGUCCAAGUCCCCUAUCCACCCGGACACUCACUCUAGCUUUUACACCCUCAAGGCUGAGGCCCUGAGGACACGCCGUGGAUCCAAGGAGUCCGUGGCCCCUCUGCUAAUGUGUGCCACCUGGAUUCCCAGAGGGAAAGCCGGUCAGCGCCCCACAUGCACUAGCACCAUGGGCCACCCCCAAGCCCUACCCCAAGAGAAGUUCAUGGUGGCAAAAAGAACCUAAGCAUUUGAGGCAGGUCAGCCAAGCUUGAAUCUCAGUCUGCCUCUCAUCUGUGACCCUGGCGAGUCACUCGUCCUCAGGAAUCCUUCACCUUCCUUAGGGCAUGGAGGGCACACAGCUCAACGUGGGACUGUGAGGAUGGGAAAUGAGGGGUGCCAAGUGCCCUGGAGGAACUCAAUGAACAGUGGCAACUGUCACUUCCCAGGGCCCUGUACUCCUUCCUUUCUCCCCAGCCUGGCCACACUAGUGUCUUCUUCAACUCCCGGUUUUCAGAGGGAAAGACUUAUCAGUCAUCUGCUCCACAGGAAACAUCAGGUCAACCACAGUUGGGGAUAAAAUAGCACAACCACACCCUGCCGUCCGGCGUCUCCCAGCCUGCGCCCCUUCCUAGUACCACCAGCAACUGUCAAUCCCGUCUCCUCCUGCCUCCUCUCCUGCAAUCCACCCCACCACGACCGUCACCAUGGCAGCCCUGAUCGCAGAGAACUUCCGCUUCCUGUCACUCUUCUUCAAGAGCAAGGAUGUGAUGAUUUUUAACGGGCUGGUGGCACUGGGCACGGUGGGCAGCCAGGAGCUGUUUUCUGUGGUGGCCUUCCACUGCCCUUGCUCGCCGGCCCGGAACUACCUGUACGGGCUGGCGGCCAUCGGCGUGCCCGCCCUGGUGCUCUUUAUCAUUGGCAUCAUCCUCAACAACCACACCUGGAACCUCGUGGCUGAGUGCCAGCACCGGAGGACCAAGAACUGCUCUGCCGCCCCUACCUUCCUCCUCCUAAGCUCCAUCCUGGGCCGUGCAGCUGUGGCCCCUGUCACCUGGUCUGUCAUCUCCCUGCUGCGUGGUGAGGCUUAUGUCUGUGCUCUCAGCGAGUUCGUGGACCCUUCCUCACUCACGGCCAGGGAAGAGCACUUCCCAUCAGCCCACGCCACCGAAAUCUUGGCCAGGUUCCCCUGCAAGGAGAACCCUGACAACCUGUCAGACUUCCGGGAGGAGGUCAGCCGCAGGCUCAGGUAUGAGUCCCAGCUCUUUGGGUGGCUGCUCAUUGGUGUGGUGGCCAUCCUGGUGUUCCUGACCAAAUGCCUCAAGCAUUACUGCUCACCACUCAGCUACCGCCAGGAGGCCUACUGGGCGCAGUACCGCGCCAAUGAGGACCAGCUGUUCCAGCGCACAGCCGAGGUGCACUCUCGGGUGCUCGCUGCCAACAAUGUGCGCCGCUUCUUUGGCUUUGUGGCGCUCAACAAGGAUGAUGAGGAGCUGGUUGCCAACUUCCCAGUGGAAGGCACACAGCCGCGGCCACAGUGGAAUGCCAUCACCGGUGUCUACUUGUACCGUGAGAACCAGGGCCUCCCACUCUACAGCCGCCUGCACAAGUGGGCCCAGGGUCUGGCAGGCAACGGCGCAGCCCCUGACAACGUGGAGAUGGCCCUGCUCGCCUCCUAAGGAGCUGCUUCUCAUGCUCUUUGUAAAUGGCACUACUUGGUCCCAAACUGAACCCCACUGCUUGCUCACAUCCGUUAUCAGAAGAGGAUUUUUUAAAAAUCGUUUUGGCCAGGGGAAAGGACCACAAGGCAAUCUGUGGUGUGGAGAGACCCAGUAGACAAUGGAAACCCCAGCCAGCAGGGCCAGGUGACAGUGAAGCUCACCAGUGGGCUCCUUUAUGGUACUUUGCGCAGUUAACGUGUCUAGCUGCAAAGAUGUGCCUAACGCAGCAGUGCGCCACUGGGAAGCGGCCUCCAGUGCAGCCUCUGGCCUUAUUUUAUAUAUUUAAGUUUUUGAUAAAGCUUUUCUUACUAAAAG